UCUUUACUGGGAUUUCUGUGGGUUUUGUUGAGCCCAAAAUUCUCUCAAAAUAUUUUUCGUGGUGGAUUUCUUUUGAUUGCCUCUAAAGUACAAUAAAAACACCCCAUUGGCGGACAAAGGAAAGCCCCUGGAAGUGAAUGAAAAUGUGUGACAACACAUUAAUACGACCCUCGUCGCAGUAUGUGAAAUUAAAUGUUGGUGGAUCACUAUUCCAGACGACAAUAGGGACCCUCACGAAGCAUGACACAAUGUUCCGGGCAAUGUUUAGUGGACGCAUGGAGCUACACACGGACACAGAAGGGUGGAUAAUGAUUGAUCGCAGUGGCACACACUUUGAUGUCAUUCUCAAUUUUCUCCGGGACGGCACAGUGACACUUCCGGAAACCCCAAAAGGCAUCUACGAGCUUCUGGCUGAGGCAAAAUACUACUGCAUCAGCGAACUGGCGGUGCAGCUGGAAAGGGCGCUCCCCAAGAAGGAGCGUGAAACUGAACCCAUUUGUCGGGUACCGCUCAUUACGUCGCAAAAGGAAGAGCAGAUGCUCAUAAGCUCAUCAGUCAAACCCGUAGUUAAAUUGCUGAUUAAUCGUCACAACAAUAAGUAUUCCUACACAAAUACAUCCGAUGACAAUUUGCUGAAGAACAUUGAAUUGUUCGACAAGUUAUCGUUGCGCUUCAGCUGCCGCAUUCUCUUCAUUAAGGAUGUCAUUGGCUCAAAUGAGAUUUGCUGCUGGAGCUUCUAUGGGAAUGGGAAGAAGGUGGCUGAGGUGUGUUGCACAUCCAUUGUCUAUGCCACGGAUAAGAAGCACACGAAAGUUGAGUACCCAGAGGCACGAAUCUACGAGGAGACGCUCAAUAUUAUUUUGUAUGAGGACAAGCAUUUGCCUGAUCAGGAGUUGGUGCAGGCAACAAGCACGACGAGGGGUGUUGUGGCAGCUGGAAGUGCGGGAUUGUCGACGUACACGAGUGAUGAGGAGGAAGAACGCACAGGAUUGGCGCGUUUGCGUUCCAAUAAGCAGAACAACCCUACUUGAUUUGCGCACCAGCUCAGCUUCAGACGAGCCCUCUUGCCAAAGAAAAAAUGAGAAAUAGCCACAAAUAUCAGUGUCAUCUUCAGCCAUCGCUUCGAGGAUCGCAUCCUCAUGAGGCCAUCAACACCAACACUCCCCCUAGAAGUUCCCGUUGCUCCCGCUGUCGCUGCUGCUCCUCCACAGCCCAAUCCUCCAAUCCCUGCAACAACCUCCUCUACAUCUUCAUCAGAAGCCAUAGGUGAUGCUAUCGCCUUCCUCCUUGACAGUCUCUUCUGCUGUAUUGUGCCACGACUCCAAGAUUUUAACUUCUAACCACUCAUCCCCCGUCCCAUCCCGCUAAAGGACUGAAGAAGAUGCACCAACCACAACAAAUCACAUUGAGCAAAAACAACAAAAAAAAGCAAAAAUAAAAGAAAUAAAUUACAGGAAACGAGGGAAUCAAAAUGAUGACAAAAGAAAACCUCAAUGCAAGAAUUUCUCUGUGCUCAAGAACAAAAAAAAAAUGAGAAAUCUUUUUUGGAAAAAAUAAACAAAAUAUCUCUUGAAGAGCAAGAUUAAACCACAUUUUAAAGAAAAAAAAAAUAGUUACAUUAUUCUUAAAUGUUUUAAACUGGAUUAUUAUACAAAAGAAAGAAACACAGAAUUUAAAGAAAAAAAAACUUAUGAAUGUUUAAAAAAAAACUAACUAUAGCUGUAUUCUGUAAUAAAAAAAUCCUCCACAGGACAGGAUCCCUUGAAAAUGAUGAGAAGAAAUAGAAUAAUGUUUAGAGAUGAAAUGGAUAAAACCACCCUCAUCGUUUCCCCUCCCUUUUACAAAUUUAUCAAGAUUUAUCAACCAAAUUGAAAGGAAGAUGAAAGAAAGAAAUAAAAAUAAAUUAUAAAUGUCACAGAAGCGCAUUGAGAAAAAAAAUUAAAGAGAGAGUUAUAUAUUUAACAUGAGCAAAGAUUAAUCCCCAUUGUAAUGACCGUUGUGACUAAGCAAAAAAAUAAUCAGUCCCUCACGUGGAACAAUAUUAUCUUUCAAUAAAUGUAUUUAAAAUGAAAAAAAACCUUCUCUGGAAGACAAAUAAAAAAAAAUGAACGUCUGCA